GGCUGCUGUGGAUGACAGUUUGCGUCGGGCAACCCUAGAGAGGGCUGAGUUAGGGGAGAAGACACUAAGUGGAACCAACCUGAAGACAAAAUGGAGCCCGACUGCAACUCAGCAUAUGAUAGAUCAACUGAUGUCUCAGUGGAAGAUGAAGAGGAAUCCCAAGAAGAACAGCUUUCUAACAGUUUAAAAAACUUUAACCACAAUGAAGAGGUGAGAUCCAAGUUUUCUGAUGCUAUGGAUGCUGUUCAAAGUGAAGAUAAUGGACUGAUGUGGGAGACCAGUUCCAGUAGAUGUUCAAUGUCUCAAGCCUCAGAAACUAGUGCUACAUCUGGUGUCUAUAGUAUGGAAAACUCAUACAUAGAUUCCCCAGCUGGGAAAAUUAUGCCUCUCAUGGAUGAAGGAAAAAUUGCCCAGGGAACUGGAAGCAACUCUCCAGAUCAAACACCAUUGUCUCCAAACCAAAAAUGUAAGAAAUUUGACUAUUCUGGAAGGCAGAUGCAAGACAAAGCUGAAGAAAGAGAAUUAGACCCUGCAAAUCCACAGUCAUGGCCCUAUCAAGUACAACCUUCAAAGAUCAAAGACUAUUUGGUACAAAUCACACAAGAAGUGGUGCCUUCAUUGCCAGAAGAGAAAGAAAAUUCUUUGAAGAAAAAGGGAGAGCUCCCCCUCGAAGGAACAGUAAGAGCAAGGAUUCUCCAGAUCACUGCAGUGCUGGAAGAAAGACAUAAAAAGAUUUUCCGGAGGGUGGACAGAAAAGAUGUGCCUCCACCUCCACCUCCACCUGUAAUCAAGAAGCCAAGAGAACAACCCAAAAUAUUCUCCCGGCAAGGCAUUUCUGUAUCUCUAAGGCAUGUUGAAAGAGAAGCCAAAGAUAAAAAUAAGAAAGAAAUUCUCCGUUAUAAUCUCAAGCAUGUGCAGACAAAUAUUCCAAAGUCUGGUGUGUCUGUUCCAUAUGACAAGGAUGAGAAGAAACCAAGACGAUCUUUUUUGUCUGAAACUCAAAAUAAGAGGUCAGAAAAACUACCGUUCAAUUCAUCUUCCAUUGCUGACAAAGCAAAUAAGGUGGAUACCGAGCCAAAUCCACCCACAAGUCAACCAUCAGUGUCAGAAGAGGCAAGCUUUGCUCCAUCAGAUCAUUGGGCCAUGGAGAAAAAGGAAGACCAUUCUCUUCUUUGGAAUACAGCAAAUAUCAUGUCGGAAAAAUUGUCCAACUUCCUUGCUGAAACUGAGAAGGAGAAACUGCAGCAUCAUUUACCAAUGACCACAGGAGUCGAUGGUAUAUCAGUAGAAUCGGGGUCUAUGUCAGAGAUGGAAACAACUCAGCCUUGUGCAUUGGUCUCUCCUGAACCCCUUUUUUACUCUAAGCAAACAGAGAGUCAGUCUGAAUCAACAAUAACGGCGCUAUCAGAACCUGCCACUCAGGAUGUGCAGUACCCAAAUAAUCUUGCAGCAAAGCAGCAUGAACCUCCACAGUCUGAUUUAGCCAAAACCCCAGACCAAGACAUUCAACCACACCUUUCGCAAUUAGAGAUCAAAGAUGCAACCUUGUUGCAUUCUGUUGAAGAAACAGGGAAGCAAGACAAGCCUCCUUUUUCACUGGCAGCAACAGAGUUUAUGCCUGAACAUGCAGAAUCACCACAUUCUGUGCCUGACACUGAACAGCAAGAAAUAAGGCAGAUGGAGAUGGGAUAUUCAAAGAAAGAAGAGAUACAGGAGCAAUUAACCACAGUUUUACAAACAGAGUCAGAACACCAGCAGUUGGUCCAUGCAGUGAAAGAAUCAGAGGCAAGAGAAAUGGAGACUGUACCUGAAUUUCCUUCUACAGCUAGCAGGACAGAAGCACAGGAGUCCCAGUACUAUCCCUACAAAGAGGCUUCUGCAUUAUUACAGUCCUCCUAUUUUAUGAAUGAAGCAGAGAAAAAAGAAGAGCAAUUGCAAUCAAGUUUGGUAGAGGAAGCUGUUCAGGCACAGUUACCUGUGACCUCACCAUUAGAGCCAGAACAUACUGAAGAAUCACAUUUAAGAGACGAAAUAGAAAAUCAGACUGCAGAGAUUGAAUUUCAGUGCCCAGAUUCAUCACUCCCCAUUCUGGAUGCAGAGAGAGAGGAAAUUCACCAGCACUCCUCAGCAGUAGCAGAGCCAGAAAGUGAACAUCCAGUUAUCUCUGAACUCAUAAAGGCACCACUGAGAUCAAAACACUCAAAGCUGUCACAUCCCACAGGUAAGGAAGCCAGUCUAGACGCUCCUGCUGCAGCACUUGACUCCUCAGAACAGCUCCUGGCUAUUUCAUCUCUCCACAUUGAAAAUGUUGAAAAGCAGGAAAGUCAGCUGUAUUUGCCAGUAAGUGCAAUGCCACUGUCAGAACAGCCAACUUCUAUUUUACCAUACCAAAAUGAACAAAUGGAGAAACAAGAAAAUCUGCCCUAUUUUUCUGAGACAGUAGUAUCAGAGGAAGCAUCACGUUCUGCUGCCUUUCAAACCACUGAUGUAAGAGAAGUAGAAAUCCAGCCCUACUCACACACAAAAGUUCCAUCAGAAGAAUUAGUGUCUGUUUCAAGAGAGUCUGAUGGUGCUGUGGAGGAGAGGAAAACAACUCCAUCUGAUUCACCUUUACCUGCAGAGUCUCUUCCUGAAGCAUCUGUUCCAUCCCAAGAAGUGGCAAAGUUAGAAAACCAGGUCUCUUCACUUAUUAAUGCAAAGCUGUAUCCCAAAGAUCAGGACGUAACAUGUCUCUGUGGAGAUGAAAACCAGCGAGAAGAUCAGUUUCAUUUACUUGCUACCUCACCACUUGAACUGGAGCACUCAGUUGAAUCUGAGUGCAAGGAAGCAAGGGAACAGAAUAUUGGGCAUAAUUCCUCCAUAUCAUCCCAUUUGGAAGAAACCAUUGCAUCACAUUCUAUCCAUGAAAGAGAUGAGAAAGAUAUGCAUCCUGACACAUCCUUCACUGAGCCUUCAUCUCCAGAUUCGUCGUAUCCUAUCUGUGUACCCGAAGAGCAAGAGAGAGUGCAGUCAGAGACAGAGCAAACCGCUCAGCAAUUACCAACUACAGUUCUACAAGUGGAGUCAGAUAUAUUGAAUUGGGUGGAAGAAAUGGAGAUAGAUGGAAGCCAGGCUCUCUUGCCUGCAACUGGACUAGGUUUACCCCAGUCAGUAUGUGUAAUGGAAACACAGGGAGAUCACAGUAUUUCAACAAGAGCAGCAGACCUAGACACUGGGUCGUUCUCCACUUUACCCAUAGCAAAUGGUAUAUUUAAACAAGACACUCCAGAACUGGACUCAGAACAUAUGACAAAGCAAGGUAUUCAGGCCGUUGGUACAGAGUUGGAGCCAGACUAUCCACAGGUGUUGCCCUCAGUAUGUGAAUCAGGAAAACACAUAAAUAUUCAAAGCACAGAGAAAGGAAACCUUCAUUCAGAGAGUUCUGUGGCUCCCCAAUCAGAAGCUGAACAUGCAAUAUCACCUGAGAAAGAGAGAGAAGAAGCUGAACAGUAUUUGUCCAUAAUUCCAGUAUUGGGGCUGCGAAGCCCUACUGCUGGUCCAGAGACACAGGAAAGUCAAAGUUAUUUACCUGGUACACUAAAUGAGACAGCCAAACCAUCUCCAGAAAUUUCAUUAUCUCUUCAAAUAAAUGAUCAGGCAGUUUCUGCAGCAUCCAUGCCAAAUUCAAUGCCACCUUCAGAGCAAUCAAACUUACUUUCACCAGCCCUUAAGGAAAAAGCUGAGAUAGAAGAAAGUCAAUUCCUCAUUCCUGAGGUGCCAAAAAUGGUGCCAGAGGAGUCACUGCCCAUUGCCCCCUUCCUCACUGGUGAAGCCAGGAAGGGACCACCUUAUCCACCCAUGGACACACAGAUUGUGCCAGAGGAAUCAAAGGCCAUUCUAGAAGACGUCGCUUCUGAAGCAGUAAAGGAAAUGGCUCUUCCUUCCUUGCCUGUAUCUGCAGAACACCUUUUCAGACAAACCGUUGCAUUAUAUGCUGUUGAUGGAGAUAAACAUGAUGACUCCCAUUCACUUUCAAUUGAAGAGUCAGUGCAUCUGGCUGCUGAAAAAGUAGGCAUGCAAAAAGACCAUUUUCUUGCUACUGCACAGUCUGAAACAAGGAAUCAAGAUAUUGAGCCAUAUUGCCCUGUGACAUCACAAUCAGAACAAGAAGAUUUGAGUUUGUUUAAUUCCACUGAAGAGAUCAUGAAACAAGAGACGACUCUACAGUCAGCACACAUACAUCAAGAAUUAUUGUAUCAUGGGGAGGAAAGAGAUAACCAAGAGCGAAUACUUUUGGAGACGGAACUUUCAAAGGUGCAAAACUCUUCUUUAAAGUCACCCAUCCUGCAACAGACAUCAGAACAUCUAAAUUCACUGCCAUCAGUAAAAGAAUUGGAGGUGGAAGGAACACCACUGUUCUCAUCUGUAACUGCUCAAGAUUCAUCUCAGCUGGCUGGUGAGUCAGGAAUACAGGAAUGUCAGGGCUACUUGCCUACAACUGUUGAAGUUGAUUCUGGAGUGUCUGUGUUAUCAGAGUUCAUGGAUAAAGCAAAGAAACCAGAAAUCCAGCUGGAAGCUAUGCAGUUAGAAUGCAGACAGUCUGUUUCACUCACAGAAGAAAGGGGGAGGAAACAGCAUUAUCCAUUAGUAACUGCACCAUUGGAUCUGGGACAUUUAGAUUUAUCUUCUUCCACAGAAGCACAGCUGUAUUCAUCUGAGGCCCCAAAUCAGACCUUGGAACUGCCACCAUCAGUUUCACCUCUUCACCCUGAGAAAAUUGAGAAGCAGGAAGUUAAUUCACAUUCACCAGUUGUCUCAAUGUCUUCACAACUGGGCCAGUCCAACUCUAUUCUGCUGGAUCUUGCUGAGAAGCAGGAAACCCAGCCUUCCACUCCUGAAAUAGAAAACGUGAUGCCAGAAGAGCCCUUGUCCAUAGCUGCAUUCCUCCUUUCUGAGGCAAAAGAAAUUCAAACUUCUUUCUAUUUGACCAAAGCAAAAGAGAACGUAGAGGCUCAACCACCUUUUGAAGAAGCUAAAUUGUUGGCAGAAAUAAAUGAUUCAGCUGGCCCUCCUGCGACUGAUGUAUCUAUUGAGAAAGAAAGCCCUCUAGCACAUUUUGCAUUGGAACCAUUUUCUAGUAAACCUCAAACAGAGGUUACUGAUCAAGAUAAAAGGGAACACAUCCCUGAUAGCCCGGCAACACCAAAUUUAAUUCGAAAUGAGCCUUAUAAUGCUGUACUGUCAGAACCUGUGAAUGAUAUUUGCACACGCAACUUACAUUCAUCAGCAGACUCAGAUACAUCUGCAAACAAGGCUAUAACAAUUUGUAUGGAAGACCUUCCCAAAACAGAAGAAAUAACAUGUUUGUCUAGUGGAGAUCAAACCAUGAAAGAACCUGAACACUAUUUACAAAAAGAAAGGGAAAUAAAGCAUGAACAACAGAGGGAGGAAGCUGUAUCUGCUGCUGAACUUGUUCACGGGAAAGACACUUCUGGUAUUUCUAAAAGUUUUCAGGCAGUGCGUACUUAUGCUGCUCCACUGACUUCUUCAGUUGAUAAAGAAGAAAACAAGCAUAUGCCAGAGAGAUCAGAUUUUACAGUAAAAUCUCUAAAAAUAAAAACAUUUCAUGAAGCUGAAGAUAUGGUUAGCCAUGAACCUUCAGUGUGUAAAUUAAAUACAGCAAUUCCAGAAAUCUUAAAAGAAGGCAACCAUAAGGAUAAAGGCAAUGAAUCAAAGGGAUUUGUUGAAGGAAUAAAUGAUCAGGGAAAUAUAGAAGCUGAAAAGGAAACUUUUGUUUGUCUAGAAAAUGAUGAUGAUGGUAUUUUAAAAGAAGUUGGUACAGAUAAUUUUGGAAUGCGAGCCUUGAUUGAGGACAGAUCCUUCACCGAAACAGGAAAAAAACAGUCUACUGAAAGAACACAGAGGCUAUUUGAUGUUACAGAAGAAAAAUUUGAGGAAGCCACCUCUCUGCCUGCAAGCUCAAAAGACAUUUUGGAAUUUUCCUUAUUAGGAAGAGACUUGGAUGAAACCUUUCAAGGAACAGCAAAAAAAGAAAACACGAAAACAACUGAGGAAGAUACUUCAAAGAUCUCAAAUAAAGAUGAAUUAACUGAUUCUCUUAGGAAAAAUAACAAAGAUACAGAGGAAGAAUUUAAUACAGAAAAAGACACAUCAUUCCAAUCAUCACAAGUUCCCUUGCCAGUCACAACUGUUAAUCCUGAGCUUUUGAAGGGGCCAUCUGCUCUGGCAUUUUUAUAUGAAGAUCUCUAUGAAGAAGCAAUGGGAGAACUUAAAAAAGAUAGCUGCAAGCCUCCAUUUGUUGAUGAAAUGGAGAAUACCAAUGUGCCUUUUGAUGGUAGACAUCAAAUCCGAGAUGAUGGGACUGGAAUAUACUUUGAAAAGGACAUUCAUAAAGAUGACAUUUCAAAUAACUUGGAAGAACCUCAGAAGGAACAAGUUAUAAAAGAUCAGCCUAUUCAUGAACAAGUUUUACACCAAUCAGGGUUCUCACAAGAUAUAUAUGAACCAAAUGAAAAGGAACAUGAGGUUGUUCAUAUUCUAGCUAAAGCAUUUGAUGAAACGGAGCUCUUGUCUCCAAGAGGAAUUGUCACAGGGAUAAAUGAUGCAUUAAUAGAAGGGCCAGCUGAGAUUAUGAGUGACAUAAAAGUUGUGACAUGUCAACCAACGCAUGCACUUCCAUUCAGAAGCAGGUUCUUCACCUCAGGUGCAAGUAAUGAUGAACGCAGUCAAAGUAGAGAAGAAGGAUCCUUGUCUCCAGAAACAAACCAAAUGUUACCAGAGGAAACCAGUGAUGAAGAGUCGAGUCCAAUACUUGAUUAUGCAGCAACUGUCUAUCAAGAGGAAGCAUCCAUACAAGAGGAAGCAUUUACACCAGAGGAAGCAUUCACACAAGAUGGAUCAAAAGACACUGCUUUCCUUGCAGUUGAUCAAAACCAACAAUCUGAAGAAACAGAGAUUCAUGAAGCCGAUAAAUAUGCUGUCGCAAAACCUGUCAAAGAGAGCACACAGUUUCAUGAAACAUUCCAGCAUAUUGACACUCACUUGCAAAGUGAGGGGCAUCCAGAAAGCCAGUUCAUUUCAGCUCUUGAACCUGAAGCACAAGAUACACAUGACUUAAACCAUGAACAUUUUCCAUGUUGGGACACUGAGGGGCAAGCUUUGGAAGAAAGGCUGGGAGAACAUAUUCCUGAUGAUUUUGCAACACAGACCAACAGCUUAGCAAGCCAACAACUUGCAGGGCUUGAAGCAAUAUCUGAUAAAACUUUCGGGGAACUGGACUAUUCUCUUUUGUCACAUGAUUUUGAUACAUAUCCAUUAUAUUCAAUAAAAGAGGAAGAGUACAGUGAUGUUGAUGAAGAUCUAGCAGAGCUCAUGGGGUAUGAGAUGGUUACCCAAGAUGAUGUUUUUCAGGAAGAGACGUCCUCAGAAGUUGCUCGUGAAGAGCUGCUGUUUAAUGAGAGAAAAUCCUUAGACCGCAUUAGUGAUACUUAUGAAUUUGUGAGUGAAAGAGAGGCAAAUACGUAUGCGGAAGAAGAGGGGUUUGAGUUGAUGGGUCCUGAAAAGUUACCAAAAAAUCUUCCAGAAAGCGAGAUCUGGCAGAAAGAAACAGAAGAGGCCCAACUGGAUACCUACUGCUACCAGUGCAAAUGUCUCAUCUCUGCUGACAACAAGCUUUUUGGGGACCACAAAGAACACAAUGUGACAAACUUGGAGACAGCUGCAACUGAAUUAAAGGGUCAAUUGGAUGGAUUCCUAGAUGUUUUACAAGAAAGAUCUUUGAAGAUUGAAGGGUUUGUUGGUGAGAUAGAGGCCCUUUUCAAUUCUCUUGAGGAAAACUGUAAGGAAAAGGAACAACUUUUGGAAGAACAAAAUGAAAGCAUAAUCAAGACUGUGAUAGAACACCAUGACAAAAAGGCACAGAGCUUUGAGGAAAUAAAGAAUACAAAAAUGGAAUAUCUUUAUGAACAGAUGGUGACUUUUCAAGAAUAUAUUGACACAGCAAAAGACUCCUUGGAGGCAAUCAUAAAGGAAACUGAAGAAAUGGAUGAUUUUGUUUUCUUAAGGUCAGCGGAAGAGAUAAAUAAAAGGAUACUUUCUGCUGUGGAGAAUAUUCUGAUUUUAGAAAAGAUGCCAGCUGCAUUCUCACUGUUUGAACAUUAUGCAAGCAGUUCAGCAAACGGCGACCAGACCUUAAAACAUAUGCCGGUUCCAAACACUCCAAAAUUACAGCCUCAGGAUCCAAACUCAGCAACAGGCACAUCGAUUGCAGUGUACUGGACUGUGAAUGAAGAUGAUGUCAUUGAUUUCUUCCAGGUCUAUUGUGUGGAGGAACACCCAGAAAGCAAAGAACAAAGUGGCUUGGUGGAAGAAUAUCGUGUUACUGUGAAGGAGAGCAACUGCGUUUUAGAAGACUUGGAACCUGGGCACUGUUACAGUGUGUGGGUUAUGGCUGUGAACUACACAGGAUGUAGCUUUCCUAGUAACAAAUCUACAUUUAGAACUGCUCCCCCAACCCCUGUAAUACAGGCAGCAGAUUGCUCUGUGUGUUGGAAUACUGCCACCAUUCGAUGGAGCACUGGCAACCCAGAAGCGACAGACUCAUUCACACUUGAGUACUGCAGACAAUAUUCUCCUGAAGGAGAAGGCCUCAGAUCUCUAGCUGGAAUUAAAAGGCCUGAACUGAAAGUUAACCUUGCACCAAACAUAAAUUAUUUCUUCUAUGUGAGAGCUGUUAACCUCUUUGGAACCAGCGAACAGAGUGAAGCUGCUCUCAUCUCAACCAAAGGAACUCGAUUUCACAUAAUGAAGGAAACAGCUCACCUUGCAUUGCAAGUGUCUCCAAAUGGAACCAUGAUAUGCCUUCCUGAGGAAACCAAAGUCACUGGAAUCUCACCAGUCCUGGGAGAGCUCUUGGCUGCUCGAGGAUGGCACUACUGGGAAACCACUGUGACUGGCUGCAAGGCUUACAGGGUUGGGAUCUGCUACCCCGCUCAGCCACAAGACAGCGCCCUUGGGCAGAACAAGACUUCCUGGUGCUUGCACUGUUGCAGUACAGCAAGCUUUGUUUAUAAAGCCCUCCAUAAUGGGGAGAUGAGUGAAGUUAAUGUGACGGAGCAGCUGGUCCGGAUCGGAAUCCUGCUGGACUUUGAUGCUGGAAGACUCUUGUUUUUCAAUGCAGAAAGAGGACAGGUGCUAUUUUCCAUUAGGCAGAAAUUCACCAGUGCUGUUCACCCAGCCUUUGUGCUGGAACAACCCGGAGUACUUAACCUGCAUACAGGCAUGGAAUUACCAGAGUUUGUGAAGUAUAGCUAAAAGUGUGCCUGCAAGACAAAUAAUCCGAAUUUGAAAAAUGGCUUGGGGUGAUUUCUUUUGGCCUCUUAAUGUAUGUUAUACAUAUAAAGGCCAUGAUCCUAAGUAAUACAUGGUAAGCUCAUUGGCCCCAAUAGGGCAUUUGCUGUCCUUUUCUCCCCUUAACAGCAAGUUCUCUGCACAAUAUCAUGAAGCGCUAUUUAUACUUUGGGAAUGUUCCAGAAGCAGUUUUGCAGUGCAAAUCAAGGAAGCUCAUCUUAGGAACAGCAACAGAAAAAAGGCUUGUGGGCAGAUGUCACCCAUCCACGGGCUUCCAGGAACUCACUGGAGGGUGGCCAAAGGUUUUUCUGAGCUAUUUCUGCUCACUGGAGUCAUGUGCAUAAGGCUCACACACCAGUACUAAAUAAGUCCUCUGCACUUAGUCCUCUGCAGUGUAUGGUGAAUAUACAACAUAGUGUAUAUAUACACUAUAUUGUGAAUAUACAAUAAAAUAUAAUAUAUAUUAUUUUUCUGCAACAACAAAAAUUAUGGAUGAGAAGGAGCAAUAACACAUUCAUGCUUUCUUCACUCGAUUAAACACAUCAGGACCUUCUCCUGCAAAAGGUUAAAACAAAUGGAGUUUCCAAAAGAGCAUUCUUGCAUAAUUCCUAUGCAUCUUAAGGGUGCUUGCAAGGAUGGGAGGAUUCAUAGCCAGCCCUCGGGUUUUCGGCACCCUAGGCAAAGUUGGACUUUGGCCGCCCCACCCCAGCUGAGGUGCAGAGUCCCAGCUUUAACUUUAGCCAUGCAGGCUGUUCAUUUGCCCGGUCAAAUGACUAGCCAGCAUGGAUGACCAGCAAAUGACUAGCCUGUGCUUGUUUGGGGAUACAGUGGGAGGGGGGGACAGCUGAGAAGCUUGGAGCUUGGCCAAUGCUCAUCCUUCCUCUAUUGCGGCCGCCUCCCUCCCCUCAGUAGUGCACGCCCUUUGUGAACCUCAGAGCCAACCAAAUUCUCUGUCUCUCUAAGAGGCAGCUAUGAGGAGCGGCCCUCUGUGACCAGCCAGGCCUGACGAUGGCCGUCAAGCCAACUGUCGCACACACCACUUACUUCCGGCAGUGGUGCACCCCAAGAACUGGUGCCCUAGGCAACAGAUACAAAGCCUGGGCCCACAGGGCCUGAUACAGGCCACGUGGGAAAUUCAUAUAUAAAGAAAAGAUAACACACAUACACCCCCAAAAAAGAGGUCAGCCACCAAAGACAAUGGCUCACUGGUGUCUUUGGGACACACUCUUGCCGGUGGCUUGCCAGUAUUCUUUUGUGUCAUUAUCAGCAAGACAGGCCAUACUUCAGUUCUGCUACUUCCAGUUGGCACUUGGCUCAAGUGCUUCUUUAGGUGAGUUCUUUCUCUGCUUCGAGCGAGGAAGAGAAAUAAGCACCCAGCCGAAGCUUGAACAGAGCGUCAGCUGGGAGCAGCAGAGGGAACGCAUGCCCUCUCUUGCCAAUAGUGGCUAUGAGCAGGGGGUCAGAGCAGAGGGCAAGCAUUGGUCUGGUGCAGGGGCAUAACUAUAAUAGGGCAAGGGGAGACAGUUGUCUGGGGGCCCACUGCCUUGGGGGGCCCCCAGAGGCAAGUCACAUGACUGACUCCCCCAGCUGCACACCCGCCCGGGCUUCCUUCAGUUGUAUUCAUUCUCCAAAAUUGAUGUGAGUGCUUCAGUGAAUGGGGGGCAUUUUAAAAUCUUGUCUUUGGGCCCACUCCAACCUUGCUAUGUCCCUGGUCUGGUGGCCCCUAGAGGUGUGGGGGAACCAGGGGGCAAGUCUCUGGCAUCCCCCAGAAGUGCUUGGGGUGGUGGCCUGAGGACACUCAUCUCCCCAUGCUCCAUUGUAGUCAUGCGCCUGACUAAAGGAAAUAUUUCCAAGGAGAGCAAGAAGAAGAUACUUACCGGCUACAAUCCUAUAUACACGUACCUGGAAGUAAGUCUCAUUGAAUUAAAUGGCACUUGCUUCUGAGUAGACAUGUUUAAGCUCAUGUAAAAGCUAUUGUAAAAAUCAAUAAAAAUUUAGAAUGGAAAAAAAAAGACAUGUUUAGGCUUGCACUGAUAUUGUAUUUUAAAAUGUAUAUUAAUUGGUAUAUAAAGGAAAGCUAACACCACCGCGCGCUAAAGAAAUCAACCACUAAAGGAAAUAUUUCUAGGGAGAGCAAGUUGAAGAGGCUUACACUGGCUGACAUACUGUGCAACAUUGUGCGCAUGAUGGAAUCUAAUGUUUGUGCAAUUGUACACAAGAGCACUCUUGCACAAGCACAAAAAUGGCACAAACUGAGUUGUGCAACCGUCAGGUCAUUUCAUAUAAUGUCUUCAUGGCCGCACACUUCUGUGCAAUUUUUGCACCUGUGCAAUAAUGCUCUUGCACAACUGCACAAAGAUUACAUGUGCAAUGCCGCCCAGUAUGUGAGCCAGUGUCUUGUAAGGCCCUCACUGUAUCUAAGCCCCACAAAUGGUCACCUUGGCUCUCCUUCAUCCUUGUCCGUCCGCCUGUAGGUGGUGGCAGCAACAAGCUCAACGUGCUUUCUCCAAGCUAUCGCACAUGCCUCGUGGUAGUGGGAAGGGAUGGAAGAAGAAGGGAACACUGCCUGCAUUUAACAUCAUAUGCAGCUGCUGCAGGAAUUUGAGCCAGAAGCACAUUUAUUGCACAGUAAGGAGACAGCUGCCUGCAGCCAUUACAGUACAGGGUGGGAGGGGCCUGCAGAACUGCCAUGCCGUGUGCGUGCUAGAGGCUGUUAAGAGUAACUGUAUGGCACUGAGGCUUUUGAAGGGAAAGUAUGCUCAGCUUCUUAGGCAGUGUAGAGCAAGGAUUCUCAACGCUGGGUCCCCAGAUGUGCUUGGACUUCAACUCCCAUAAUCCCCAGCGCCAGUUGCCUUUGGUUGGGGCUUAUGGGAGUUAAAGUCCAAUAACAUCUGGGAACCCAAUGUUGAGAAUCCUUGGUGUAGAGCAGGGAUCCUCAACGUUGGGCCCCCAGAUGUUAUUGGACUUCAACUCCCAUAAUCCCCAACCACUGGGCCACUGGGGCUUGGGAUUAUGGGAGUUGGUCCACGAACAUCUGGGGGCCCAACGUUGAGGAUCCCUGGUGUAGAGGACCAGAGCACUAAAUAAUUUAUCCAGGACACAUGUCCCAAGUCCCAGUUCUGUCAAUGCCCCAGAUACGUGCACAAAAGACUGUUUCCUUAUGGCUCCAGGCAGUUAACAACAUGCACAUCAUCAUCAUCAACAACAACAUUAUCAUCAUUAUUUCAUUUUAUAUCCCGCUUUUCCUCCAAGGAGCCCAGCACGGUGUACUACAUACUUAAGUUUCUCCUCACAACAACCCUGUGAAGUAGGUUAGGCUGAGAGAGAAGUGACUGGCCCAGAGUCACCCAGCAAGUAUCAUGGCUGAAUGGGGAUUUGAACUCGGGUAUCCCUGGUCCUAGAACAUGAACAUGAUUUCAAGUACUAUUUUAAUGGUGU